AUGGCCAAACUCUCCAUGGCCAUACAGUACUUGGGAAUAAGGUUUCAUUGCCUUGUCACCACCAUGAAGAAGCCAGAUUGGUCUGAAUACCAGCACACUAGUUGGUAUCAACAUUUCCUGGCAGAAGCAGUAAGCCACUGGUCCUGUGGUGGUGCAAUGGUUGAUAGUGGUACAGGGUGCAAUGGAGUGUCUGAUGGGCAUGGCAUCUUGCCAUCCCAUUACCCUGAUCAUGCCACUCACAGCCAACAGGCUGUUAGCAUACCUGAACAAUGGAUUAAGGAGUGCCAUGUCAAACUGGCCACUACCAUGUCCCCUGCAUGGUGGCAGAACAACACUGGAAAAGUGGAAUUGGGAUAUGAGAGGAGACCUCUGCAGAACAUAAUUACAGAAGCCACAGAAUUUUUUGCAGGAGUAUCAAACAGUGGCAUCUCACUACCACUGCUUAUUAAUUCACAUCCAUCACCCACUGCCAAGCAUGCUGCACUACAUGCAAUGUGCACAGAAGGCUUGAAGGAUAUUGAUCAAGAGUUAUCAUAUCUUUCCAAGUUAAUCUUACAUUCACAGGAGCGGAUGUCAUCACUGGAAGCUGUUACCUGA